AUGCCGACAAUACCGACCGAGCACAAGUCGAGUCUCGACAGUAUGGACGAGAAGCACACGACCAAGGAAUCUUCAAGGUCCUCGACUGUCGGCUCCUCGAUCGUCAGCUCCCCAACCGUCAGCUCCCCAACCGUCAGCUCCCAUGGACCGCCUACGCCCCCGCUCACUGCCGCCGGCCCGCCCACGCAUGAGGCCGAGAAGAACUACCAGCCCAAGACGCUCAAGUUCUGGCUCAUCAUGGCCUCGAACUUUGUCGCCAUGUUUCUCGUCGCCCUCGACCGCACCAUCAUCGCCACCGCCAUCCCUCGCAUCACCGACGAGUUUCAGUCCCUCGGCGACAUUGGCUGGUACGGCUCGGCCUACAUGCUGACCACCGCCGCCUCCCAGCUUCUCUUCGGUCGCAUCUACAAGUUCUACAGCCCCAAGGUCGUCUACCUCGCGAGCAUUGUCGUCUUUGAGAUCGGCUCUCUCCUGUGCGGCGUUGCUCCCAACUCGGCAGUGCUCAUCACCGGUCGCGCCGUUGCCGGCUUUGGCUCGGCCGGCAUCUUCACCGGCUCCAUGAUGAUUCUCAUCACCAUCGUUCCGCUCCACAAGCGGCCCAUGUUCCAGGGCGUCUUUGGCAUGGUCUUCGGCGUCGCUGCCGUCAUCGGACCUCUUGUCGGCGGCGCGUUCGCUGGAAACGCGACCUGGCGUUGGUGCUUCUACAUGAACCUGCCCAUCGGAGGUGUCGCCUUUAUCUUCCUCUUCUUCAUGCUCCAAGCGCCCCAGAAGCCCUCGAAGCCCGUGUCCUUGACCAAGCACAUCACCCGCCUCGACCCCCUGGGAUCCUUCUUCUUCAUCCCUUCCAUUGUCGCCCUCCUCUUGGCCCUGCAAUGGGGUGGCGCGACCUAUGCUUGGAGCAACGGCCGCAUCAUCGCCCUCUUUGUCGUGUUCGCCCUGGCUUUUGUUGCCUUUGCUGCUAUCCAGAUCUUCAUGCCCGACACAGCGCAGGUCCCAGUGCGCAUCAUCUCCCAACGAACCGUCCUCGCGGGCACUUUCUUCAUGAUCUUCCUCGCCGGCUCCAUGAUGCUCGCAGUCUACUAUGUGCCCUUGUGGUUUCAAACUGUCAAAGGCUUCGAUCCUGUCCAGUCAGGAAUCUACACCCUCCCACUCGUCCUCAGCCUCGUCGCCUCCUCCAUCAUGUCCGGGCUGAUCACCCAGCGCAUCGGUUACUACACCCCCGCCAUGCUCCUCUGCCCCUCCAUCAUGGCUGUCGGUCUCGGUCUCCUGAGCACCUUGCACCCUGGCAGCAGUACAGCCGCUUGGGUCGGCUUCCAGUUCCUCACGGGCUUCGGUCUCGGCUUCGGCAUGCAGACAGUCGGCCUGGCCGUGCAGACGGUCCUGCCGCGCGAGGACGUAUCAACCGGUCUGGCCAUAACCUUUUUCGGACAGCAACUCGGCGGCGCCGUGUUCCUGGCUGUGGGGCAGGCCAUUCUCAGCAACCUACUCGUUGACCGUCUGUCGAGCGUGCCGGGCCUAGACCCCGAUGCGAUUGUGCAGAGCGGCGCCACGGAUCUGCACAAUGUCGUGCCAUCAGAGGAUUUCGAUGUUGUGGUUGCGGCGUACAACUUUGCGUGUACGAGGAUCUUCUUGGCCGGCAUGGGGCUGGCGCUGGUGACGUUGGCGUGUGCUUUGUGCGUCGAGUGGAGGAGCGUCAAGAAGGAAAAGCAGGGGCCGGGGAAGGCUGCUGAUGCGGAGGCUUUCAAGGAUAACAAGGGGGACACGGAGGCGUCGUCUUGUUGA